AUGUCAGGGCGCCGACGCGGGUCGCGCGUCGCGGCGCCGGGCGCCGCGUCGGAGACGCUGUUCGCCGCCACGGCCAGUGUACGCUCGUCUUGAACGCGGAGCGUUUCGCGCGUUCCCAUAUUCGCAGCUUCCCCUCUUGACCGAGUGAUUCUGUCUUCCAUCGGGUGAUACUGUGUGUGUGCGCGUGCCGACGCGAUGUCGGCACGACGUGCGUGACAAGGGAAACGUGGCCGAGGAACCACGUCGCGACUAGCCAUCGGUAUGCGGUUAGCCAUCGAAGCGAAAGUUUCCGCGGGGAUCGAUUAAAUCGGCUUGCCUUCCGCUCCCCAAUGCCGGCGACAAUUUUUGUCCUCUUUCCCUUCCCUUGACAUCGCUCACGUAAGCGUUUCGCGUCUCGAUUGUCCCAAACGCUAUCUUUGUCUUAACCGCAUUUAAUUAACUUCAACGGAUAAUUCGUCGUCGGGUAGCUGACGGUAUGCUGGUUGGUUAUACAGACGUUCGAUCUGUAAUGCAAUUCCGUAACAGCGAACUGUGAAUGGUAAAAUGUAGAUCGGUGCAUUUUUCCUCACGUUCCCCGGACAUUAUUCAGCAGCGACGCCAGGCAUCACAUCUCGUGACUGCUCUCCUCUCUUGAUGAACAACUUUUUAUCAUACAAGGAGAGAGAUACAGAGAAAGAAAAAAAAGGAAGGGUUUUAAUCGCCGUGCACGUGUAACAAAUCGAGAAUCAAACGUGUCGUGGCGUGAACUGUUUUGGGAUGAACUGAACGAAAAUGGGCAUUCUCGCGCUCGUUUUGUAAUUAGUGUCGAGGAGAUACCAGAAGAUAUAGGAGAACAGAGAGAGAGAGAGAGAGAGAGAGAGAGAGAGAGAGAGAGAGAGAGAGGGGGGGAGACGCACACCCCGAGAGAAUCGACAACGGUGGGGCGGCCGUCAGGAUCGAGAGGGACGAGAGCAAAAUGAGGGCUGCGUUGCUCCUCUUAGGUGGCAUUGUUGUACUGUCGCUCGCGGUGGCGAGGGCUCUUUCGUGUGUGUGCUCGCCGCUGGAGUGCGACGUUCUCACCGACGAGGACUGCCCCGGAGGCCUCACCUGGGACCCCUGCAGGUGUUGCAAAGUAUGCGCGCGUGUGGAGGGUGAAGCUUGCGGCGGCCUCUUUGGUUUUUCGGGAACCUGCGCCAUCGGUCUGCAAUGUGUAAUCGUGAAUCUGUUACCUCGCAGUCGGGAAAUGGACGAGGGCAUCUGCACGAAAAUCCCAGGCAGAUGGAGGAGGCAUUGUCCACACGGGCCAAUGAUGUCGGGUCCUGGCUGCAACCUGGUCGGCGAGGGAGUCGCGGCGACCGAGGACGGAAGCGCGGCGACCGCCGGUAAAUGCGUUUGCGGUCCGUCGGUGCCCUGGUGCCCGGGUGAGCCGCGGCCCUACAUGUACGCGACGCGGCACGAGUGCCGGCUCAAUUUGGAGGCGAAAAUUGCUUACGAUGACCUCUAUAAUUCUGGCGACACGCCGAGCAGUACCGCCAUCGAGGGCACGUCGUUCGGUGAGUCGGCGGCGACGCGGCUGGGCGGCGAUCGAGAAGAACAGGUGGGCGAGAGAAAAGAAUCGAGGCGAAACGGCGGCAGCUGGAAGGACGACGAGAGGGCCACGAGGAGCACGCGGAUCGCCAGCUGGACAGGAGCUGCCGACGACUGCCCGCGGGACAGCGUGUCAAACGAGAACGGCGAUUGCAAAUGCGCGAACUGUCCGCCCCACAAGUGCCGACCGGGUCAGCAAGCGGUGCCGGUGAAGGGAUCGUUUUCCGGGACCCCCGGUAGCUGCUGCCCGCGCUACAACUGCGUCCCCUUAGAUCACCAUCAUCGGACCGAAUCGUUCUGUCCCGAGGACAGCGUCCUGACGGACGAUGGCGUCUGCAAAUGCGUACCAACGUGUCCGCCGCCCAAGUGCCGAUCUGAUCAACGGCCAGUCGAGGUGCGGGCGGCCAAGCCCGAGACACCCGGUAGCUGUUGCCCUCUUCACGACUGCAGACCCUCAGAUCCGAUCUCUUGGGCGAGGGCUGAAGAGAAACCGCAGAACUGCAUUCACGAGGGCGUCUCGAGGAAACUCGGCGAGGAAUGGAAACAGGACGAAUGUAUCACUUGCAUCUGCAACGAAGACGGACUCGCGUCCUGCCAGACAACCAUGUGCAAGUCCUGCGAGAACGCGAUACCACCUGACCCGGGUGAAUGCUGCCCUCAUUGCCCAUCGCUGAUGAACAGUAACAGUACCUUUGAUCACCGUCCUGACGAGUCCUGCAAGAUGUCCUUGGAUGACUGUAAGAUGAAGUGCUACCAUGGCUUUAAAACGGACAAGGAUAAUUGCCCGAUCUGCGAGUGUGUCGACGACUUGGAGGUCGAUCCCGUGCCGGACGUGCUGCCGGAAGAUUACAAAGUUUGCCCGGAACUGCCGCAUUGCGGACUGAACUGCGACCUCGUCAAGGACGAGGACGGCUGCCCGGUUUGCGCCUGUCAGACGGCACCGCGUUAUCCGAGUACACCGAACGUCACCGUCCCGGACACGACCACGAACGACAAGAGGGUCUGCCCUGAGGUCAAGUGCGACCUUCAUUGCGAGCUCGUCAUGGACGAGAAUGACUGCACCUUUUGCGAGUGCAAGUCACCGAUCGCCGACUGCCCGCCGCUCCUUGGAUGCAGGAAGAGAUGCAGCUUCGGUUACAAGACAAACAAGCGCGGUUGUCCCAUAUGCCGCUGCCGAGCUUUGUGCAUACAUUUGAACGAGGCGCAUCCGGAGGGAUCGACUUGGCAUCCGAACAGCUGCACCGCAUGCACUUGCGAGUCUGGUGGGCGACUCAAUUGUAAAGAAACCAUUUGCUCGGUGGCCUGUAGUAAUCCAUUGCCACCGAAACCAGACACUUGUUGCCCCAUAUGUCCGAUCACAACGACUAAGGAGAACGACAUGAUAAAUCAGAUCACUAGCAGAGGCUGGGGCACAGUGCCGAUUACGUUAAUCGUUGUACUCGCGCUACUGUGUCUGUUACUGAUCGUCCACAUCGUGCGCAGCCGAUUUCGCGGCCGUCUGUCACCCUCAGAGGCAUCAUAUGCGUCGUAUCCACCACAAUAUUACAAGUGUGUGCCCGUGUACGAUACCCCGGUGCAUCGGAAUGAGAAGAUAGUACCUUUGUAAAAGACUGUUGUUGAUUCCCAAAGAGAGCGUGCGACGAGCAAUGUGCACAAGCAAAUCUUCGAUUUGCCAAGACUGUUUUAUAUACGAUCGUCGACGAGAUUUUGUGAAACGUGACGAUCGCGAUUACGCGACGUCGAGCGCUAACUCUUAAAUUGAUUUUUGUAAAUUAAAAUUAUUUAUGGACAAAUGCUCCAUCUAUAAAAAAUAUUAUGAAAAUUUUUCAAAACUCUUUCUAAAAUUAUGUAAAAGACGAUGGAUAAAAUGAGUUAAUUUUUGGAAUGACAAAUAAAAAAAAGUAUGUUUCUUUGAGUUGCUAAAUCUGAUACUCUAACCUUUUAAAAAAUUUUAAUUUGUCAGCGAAAAAUAAUAAAAUUAACAAUAAAGAUAUUAAACAUCUAGUAUACUGUAUAAAUGAUUAUUGUUCAGCUUUACGAACGUAGUAAUUCGUUCACUUUAAACAGAACUAGACGUGAGACCAUUAUCAUUUUUUCUUGCUGGUAAAACAUGAUAAUGCUUUUAUCUAAAUAAAUUAUAUCAUAACUCACUAAGUUAUCACUUCACUUUACUGAACGCAGAACAUACGUUGACGAAUAAGUUUGAUAUAAGAUAAUGAUCCUAAAAUGGGUCAAAUUCUAAUUACAAAAAAAUUUUGAAAAUUGUAUGUAUAAAUUUAUUAUAAAUGAUUAAUUUUUAUUUAAUAUAUUAUUUAAUAUAUUUAUUUAAUAUAUUAUUAAAUUAUUAAUAUUAAAUAUAAUUGAUUUGAAGUUCUUAUAAUAAUUGUGAUUUAUUAUGCACAAAAUAAUGUAGCAUAUAAACCGAAUGUUUAGUAUAAUUAGAUAAUAAUUUAGUAAUGGUAAAAAUACAAGAUUCUUAUAUUUAUGUAUAAAAUAGCAGUGCACAAAUAUUGCAAAAAACUAACAGAAAAGUAAUUAAAGACUCGUUACUUUUUAAAUAAUUAUAACUCUAUACUUUUCAUAUAAUAGCUUCAUAUACUGCUUUUAAUACUUUCUCUACAGAUUAGAAUUGAUUAAAGAUCAGAUUUAGCAACAGAAACUACAAAAAAACAGAUUGUAUUUACUUGUCAUUUCGAGAUCCAAAAUUAAUCAAUUUUAUUCAUUGUAAUCAAAUUAAAUUUAUUAGGUAUCAAAAUUCUAUUAACUUUAAACAUAUACUAAAUCUCUUAUAUUUUUGUUUGCAAACAAACAAAAUUUCUUUAAGAGUUAAAAGCAUCGAUUGAUUUCCAACUCGACGAUAAUCUUGCAAGAAAAAUUUAUUGCUCGACAUACGCGCGUGAAACUGCCGUUAACAUCUCACUAAUUCGACGUUGCGAAUGAAAGUGGAGAAUGUUACGGAAUGCACACGGUGCUGCGUAAGAAAAUCUCUCUUUGGGUGCGGCUGAAAAUACUUUGAGUGGAUUCAGUAUUAUUUGUGAGCGGCAGUGAGUGUUAUUAACUUUUGAAGGGAGAAAGGGGAAAAAAGGAGCAAAGAGAAAAUUCGCCAAUUCGCACCAAUCUCUCUACGUUUGCCGAAUCCUUUUUGAAUCCCUUGACUGGUUAUGAUAUGACACGUUAAUCUGUAAAUUAUAAUAUAAUUAAAAACCGUAGCGUAAUUAUGAUUAAUUAAUAUAAGAAUAAAUGUAUUAAUGUUAACCCGUGGUAGGACUCUAACUUAAAUGAAAAAUCAUAAAAGAGACAGGUCUACACCGUGUAGUAUUAGUUCCCUUGAUCUCUGGACCAUCAUUAUCUCGUACUACAUUAAUGAAUAUUUAUACGAAAUAAAAAGUAUUCAUUUUUUUGCAUGCGGAUAUUCAAGUUCGCAGCGAUUCGAAGCGAUUAUCGAAUAUCUCUUAUUAAGCAAAAAAAUAUUUUUUUUAUCUUUAUAUAUUCUUAUAUUAUCGAAAAUUCGUCCAACGCGCUAUUUCGUUUUUCACGUAUUCCUAAAAAAAGUUUAUUCUCUGUUUUCUUUCAGGCACUAAUUUCUAAUUUAUCUAAGGUUUAUUUAAAUCGCCUUGUCAUUUUGAGAACAAGUUUAUAUAGACUUAAUCGCGUAGAUUAGCUCUUAACAACUGUGUUAUUAGACUGUUCCUAUACAUAUAUAUAUAUAUAUAUAUAUUUUAUGUUUUAUUUUUUAUUAAUAUAAAUUGUCGUUGUUACUUGUCGCGAGUACAACGUGUAAUAUUUAUAUCCGUGACGUGGUUUCCUAAUUUCAAUUAUCACAGGAAUGGAACCGUCGCACCUGCAAACUGCAGGCGAGGGAAGAAAGAAGAAUACAUGUACAUAUAUCGUAAAAGUUUAGAUUAAGGUGAAAUUGAAACGACGACGCGAUAGCGUCCUCCUCUCGAUUUCUUCGAAACUCUGUCGCGGUACGAUCGACCGACUUUCAGAUUUGCGCUUAGCGCGAUGCAAGCGCGCCGCCAGGUAUCACCGGUGCGCGGAUCGCGAUAACGAUUACAUAAUGCACGAUUACAUUUCGAAACUUCUCGGUUGCUUGUACAUACACGUCCGGUAGUUCAUUCUCCGGCAGCUUGCGAAUUCUCGAGAUGGUAAAUCCGAAUUAUUUUCGGAUGCUAACUAACAGCACGCUCAGAUAGACACACUCUCCUGUUCGUACAUAUUUCACGCUGCGAUGGAGCGUGCGACAACACAGUGAUCGACGAUAAGAUAGCACACAUCUGUGAAAGCGUAUAAACAGAAGUAGAAAAAGAAGGAUGAAAAUAAAUAAAUUUGAGUGAUAAAAACGAAUACAAACAGAGCUAUGAACUAGUUUUCCUUUAUGGAAAACUACUAUUGAAUUCGCGAAAAAAUUAUUGAAAAUUAUUGAAAAACCAUUCACCUUCAAUAUUGUUUACUAUUAAUAUCAAUAAUUUUUUCACAAGUUUAAUAGUAUUUUUCUGUAAGGGUUCUUAUACUUGAACAAAAUUUUCGAGAAUCCUUUAAUAUUUGGAGAGAAAAAUAAUAAAACAGAUACGAUAUAAUAAUUAUUUACAUUGUUUAUAAUUAAUAUAAAUAAUUUUUGUAUACGCAAAAAAUGUAAAAUAUUCACAUGUAUUAAUAUGUAUAUAAAUGAAAAUAAUUAUUUUAAUUGCUUUAAUUUGUUUUAUUUUUCUGGCUUUUGUUUUAACAAAUUCAUCGAUUAUAUCAUCAAUUAAUAUCUUUAACGAUAUUAUAAUAUAUUUAAUUAAAAUUAUAGAAAUAUUAGAUAGUUAAAUUUUUUUAUAUUAGCAGUAGAAAUGAAAGGAGCGGAAAACAUUCAAAGAAAAAGCAGUAUUGAUAUUCAGAUAUGACUCCAAUUAAUCCAAAGUCACGAAAAGCCUGUAAAAUAUAUUAAGCAGUUUAAUAUUUUGUAUUAGUGCCAAGAUUUCAAACUUAGGAACAAAAGCUGCAAAAUUUAAAAUUUGAAAAAAAAAUAUUUGACAUAUUUUUCAGCUCCAUUUUAGAGUCCUCUAUCCUGUAUUUUGGUUGCCCCUAGUUACGGCUCUAAAUCUGAAGAUGUAAAUCCCUAUUUAAAAAGAACGAUAGAAAAUAAUAAAAACAGAUUUAAACUUUAUUGAAAUUUUAUCUAACUUUGAAGUAAAGUUAUUGUUUUAAUUGAUUCAUAUUUAAGCUGUUAUAAAACAGCUUAUCUAUUUCUACUUUUUUUAAACAACAUUUUUUACUGUGUAUGUUUUCCUUUACAACUUGUCGAGUUAUUUAAUCUAAUCUGAAAAUUACAAUUUGCUUUACUUAUGUAAACGUUUUACGUAUAACAAAUAGUAAAAUUAUUUAUAUGUAAAAAACAAAUUAAAAAUUAAAUUGUUACACAUCAUACAUAAAUUGAAAGCGUAAUAGGAUAAUAUCAAUUUUUAAAAAAUUCGAUCAAAUAGAUUAAAUAUGAUUACUAACUUAUAUAUUAAACAACAUAUAAAAAAGAUUAAAAAUCUGAUAUUUGCGAAUCAAAAACAUAAAAGCAUUGUACAGAUUUUUCUCUGUUUAAUUCUAUCGAGUCUUUUAAGCAGGGAUGUAAAUGAAAUUCAAAAAUAAUAUCGAAGUACAGGAGUUAUUUCAAACGAUAUUGUUUCGUACGAACAACUGAUCCCCUACCGCUGACGAAUUAUACAUAUCCAUGUGCUUACACAAUGCACGUAGUUUGUCUUCUUCCUCUCCCUAAUCAAAACACAUACAUAUAUUUUUUCAAUGUGACUUGUCCUAUAUAUCUCGUAUGUAUAACCGUAUAGCCUGUAUUAGAUUAUUUAUACAUACACGUGUAAUCGUGUAAACACGUGCGCGCAUAUACCAUACGUUUAUUGUCUAUAAACCGCAGGCUAUAUUUCGCACGUGCGUAUGUACUUCAGAGACAAUAUGUAUGUAGUAUAUCGACGAGAGACAAACCCGGAUAGAGCGUAUAUAUACCUGUAAGGAUUAUUUCUUUCGUUGUUAUCGUAUACGCAGGAUGUUAACAAUAAUAAUAACAUCGACAGUAACAAUAACAAAUAAUGAUAACAAAAAUAGUAUCUAAUUUAGCACACACGCAGUCGGCUCUUGGCGAUGAUCCCAUGCGGACAGUGCAUACAAUAAAAUUUGUGAUAAAUGGGAAUUGGACAUUCGUCUUGCACUUCGCAAAAAGAAAAAGGAUUUGUGGCUUUCUUCGAAAAAUUUUAUAACGUAUACGCGCCGCCUAGAAUAUGUGAUCUAAUGUUGCGUCACCGGUCCAACGAAUUCGAUUUAUUCCCUGACUUCCAAUUUCAAACCUCUGGGGAGAUAGAUGACGUCAUAUAAUCAAUUGCGCCGAGAAGGAACGGAUUAAACGUCGCUCGAUUUUUUUUUGGACUCGUUGGGCAAAAAGCGAGGCAAAUCACGGUCGUUUGUGGCGAAAAAUUACGAGGCAUACAAAUAUCACGUUUGACGUCGAUCGAUUGCACCGGUAUAAAAUCUGCCAUUUAAAUGAAUUGAAACUUUAAAUCGUUAUUUAUAGCUUAUUGAAAAAUGAAGGUGAAAUAUUCUUCACGUAAAAAUUGAAGUACGUCAUAUUUCUAUAGAAAAUUUUUUAACGUAAGAUAUCACACACGGAAUGUACGAUGGGAACAUAUUUUAUAUCCCGCGCUAGAUAUCCAAUUAUUCACAUAAAAGGAAACGAAGCCUAAUGUAUAGGGCAUCUUGAAAAUGAUACGCAAAAUCAUUAUUAAAAGUUGUGAAUAUCUAUAAUUAUUUUGACAGAAAAAGUAUACAAUUCAUUUAAUGCAAUACUCUAAUUUAUUUUUGCAAAAUUUAAAAUAAUUGUUUUAUUCCUUGAAUUUUUUUGGUAUUGAAUACUUGAAAUAUGCGACACUCGAGAAUAUUUAUUAUUAAAACACAUAUCGAUACUUCGGAGAUUUGAUUUUUUUUCAAUUAAGGAAAAUGAAAAAUUAAAAUCAUACUACGUUUUUGCGAGAUUAUAAACCCAGGAGAAUAUCAGAAAUAUUAUCUUCACAUCUCUGCAUUCUCUACAACGCAGAAAAUAGAUGAAGUAACUAAGUUUUUUUAAUCGAACGUUAUGACCGGUUUUUGAAUGCAGUUAUGAACAAAUCGAGUAGUUGUACUUGUGCGCUCUCUGUACAAAUACCCCGUACCGUGAUCAUAUCAAUGUAACUUAGAUUUAAUUAUAACAUAUACGUAUAUUAUACAGCUAUACAUACUGGACGCGCAAUGUUAAGAAACAGCUCUUGUAUGUUAAAUAAAUCGAGAUUAAAUAAAAUUUGUUGAUAUGUAAUGUAGUCAGAAAUUCGAUACAAAACACACGAAGAAUUUUCAUCAGCUUUUCUUUUCUUUCUGUAAACGCACUGGAAUUUUAUGUACAUCGCCGUAUCGAAUAAAAUUAAAUAUAAUACGGCGUUCUCUCCCUUAUCAAAUAUGUUUUAUUUAUAUAUUUAUCUUUCUAAUUUUAUAAAGAGCUACUAUACAUUCUUUUAAUAUAUUAAAAGACAAAGUAUAAGUUACUGAGAUAAUAUGAAAAUCUUUAACAAUAUUUGAUUGAUAUAUUAUCUUCUUUUUAAGAAUUGGAGAUACUGUAUAUGUAAACGAUUUUUUAAAAUAAAAGUUAUUUUCGAUAUCU